CACAGAAGAAAAGACCCUGAAAAUUCCCAGGAACCUUCGGAGAAGACCAAAGAGCAGCUGGCCGAGGCAGAGCUUCGGAAGCUGAGGCAGCAGUUCCGGAAGAUGGUGGACAGUCGGAAGUCCUUUAACUUCUGCUCCCAGCAGAAGAUCACAAACCAGCACAAGGAAAUCAAGACCCUGCAGGAGGAGCAGGAUGAGAUCACCCUGCUUUUGAAUCUCAUCAAGUCCUCCAGGAACUUGGAUCUGAAUGAGAAAAACUACAUGGAGCUGUGUUUCCUGCUGCAAACCAAGGAGGACUAUGAGGCCCUGAUUAAAUCGAUGAAAGUGCUGUUGGCUGAACUGGAUGAGAAGGUAUUAUUCAGAUGGAAAAAUAUAUAUAUAAACCAAAGACAGAUCUUCUCAAAAAUACAGGAGGCCAAUAACCCCCAGAAACUGCAAAAACGGAUCCACGUUUUGGAAACCCGUUUGCAUCUCGUCACUGUACACUUUGACAAGAUGCUGACCACCAAUGCGAAGCUCCGGAAGGAGAUUGAGGACCUACGGUAUGAGAAGGCUGCUUAUGACAACAUCUAUGAGCAGAUUCAUCGGCGCUUGUUGAUGCAGAAGAAAACAAUGAAUAUGGCCAUCGAGCAGUCUGCGCAGGCCUAUGAGCAGAGGCUGGAAGCCAUGGCUCGAAUGGCUGCCAUGAAGGACCGCCAGCAGAAGGACAUCUCUCAGUACAACCUGGAGAUCCGAGAGUUGGAGCGUCUCUAUGAUCAUGAAACCAAGCUCACAUCCUUCCUACUCAUCAAGCUGAAUGACGAGUUUGAGGAGCAGUCCAAAAAGGAAGAAGCUCUCAAGGCAAAGAAGCAUGGGAAGAAGAACAAGGGUGAGAGUUUUGAGAGCUAUGAGGUGGCUCACCUCCUGCUGCUGAAGCUGACAAAGAAUGGCAACCUGAAUCAACUCAUCGAGGAGCUAUGCCUGUGGGAAAAUAAUGAGGUUAUCCGCUCGCAAUCCCAGCAGAAAUCAUCACAUGAGGACAACUGCUCCAUCCUGAGACAGCUGGAGGAGAAACUAAAGAAGACCAUGGAGCAGGCAGAUAUGUAUGAGAACAACUACAAGGAGAUCAACAAGACCUUGGAGUAUCUCAAGAACUCGGUUGAGAAUCUGUUUAAGAAGAUAAAUUGUGAUGCCACCAAGAUCCUGGUACAGUUAGGGGAGACAGGGAAAAUCACUGAUACCAACCUCCCACAGUACUUUGCCAUCAUUGAAAAGAAGACCAACGACCUGCUGCUGUUAGAAUCCUACAGGCGGAUCAUGGGAAUGGAAGUGGCGGAGAUGGAAGUCCCACCACCCUUCAUCAACCCCUUCUGGGGUGGCUCUGCCCUCCUCAAACCUGCAGAACCCAUCAAGGUCAUCCCCCCUGUGCUCGGGGCUGACCCCUUUAGGGACAGGUUGGAUGGAGUGGACCAACCCCUGGACCACAGCAGCCUUCGGCAAAUGGUGCUCAGCCACUACACCGCAAGAGAGUCUAGAAACAGGGAUUUACACAUGGACAGCGUGCCUGAAAAGGGGGACAAUCUGAGGCCCAAGAAGAAGUUAACAGUCUGAGGUGGACAUGGCCAUGUUUGUACCAUAACCAGAGAGAGUAAAUGUUUU